AUGAUUAAUUAUCUUGGUAAUUUACCCCCUCCAAAUCAUUCACAAGGACAAGCAUUAAAAGAUUCGAAUAAAAUGCAAGUGGAACAUCUUGAAGGAAAAGCUCAACAAAUUGAUGAGAAUCCAUCUUCAUGUUAUUCAAUGGCACCAUCAUCAUUAACACCUUCAAAUACUACAACAUCAACAAAAGAUAAUUUAGGAUUCAAUGGUAAAUUACUUUCAUCUAGAAUGGAUCUAUCUGCAACACGACGUUUAUAUAAAGCUGGUCAAUCGGAAAAAUUCAUUCUAGAUUCAUUACCAGCAUCAAUUAAUAAAAUAUUGUCUGGUCAUGAAGAUGAAGUAUACUUAACAAGAUUAUCAACACAAAUAAAUUAUGAUGAAAUUGAUACGGAUAAUGAAGAAUUUUCAUUAUAUAAAGAUGAAUCAUUAGAUAUGAAUAAUGAUCAAAAACCUGUUACAUCAAAUAUGGUAUCAGCAUCAAGUAAUAUGUUUCAAAGGACAAGUACAUUACAAUCAUCAAAUUCACCAUGUGAUUCAUCAAAUAAUCAAGGUUCAAAACGAUCAUUAAAUAAUUCCAAUUUAGGACAUAUACCAACACGAAUGAAGCAUACGCAAUUUCAAAAUACGAAUGCUGAGCGUUGUAUAUUAGGUCUACCAGAUUUUGUGUCUCGAGAUUUUAAUAUACCAUAUCAUGCAAUCAAUCUCAGUCGAAGAAUUAUUUCAUACCCUGCUAGUUCAUCACAGCCAUCAACAGGUUUAACACCUCCAUUACCACCAUGUGAUCUCAUGCAAGAACAUCCUUUUCAUUCACAGCCGUCAUAUUAUCACCCAAUGAACAACAUGCUUUCAUUACUUGGUCCACCACUUGGUCCAUCACUUGAUCCACCACCUCCCAUGUCGUACAGAACGGCCUGCCUUUUAAGACGUCGUUUCAGACGACCUGAAUGGUGGACCUGGGCUGGUCCAUCACUUGGUCUACCAUCUGGUCCAUCAUUUGGUUCACCAUCUGGUCCAUCACCUAAUCGACCAUUUGCUCCACCACUUGGCCAUCAACAACAAAUAUCUUUUUUAUCAAGCAUGAAUAAUAAUAUUGGUAGUAUGCCACGACAUGAUUAUCCUCGUAUGCAUCAAAAUAUGUCUGCUGCUCAACAUUCAAUGUAUUCAAAUAAUGGUCGACUAUCUUCAACAUCACAAUCAACUGGUAAUACGUCUGAUUCUACAAAUCCCACUCGAACACUAGAUGAAAUUCUAACAAACUCAAUUAAUUCAUCUACAUCAUCUACAAAUAUUUUCAAUUCUCCACAGAGACAAAAUAUGUUAAAAGAUCAUCGAUUCCAGGCAAUACUUGAUGAAGUAGGAACACCACCAUCAAAUCAACGUUAA